AUGCGGAGCUUGGGAGUGCGUCGCGGAAUCUUGACGAUGCAGAAUUGCAGUCUGGCACAUAUUGUACGCGUACCCAUUGGAAUACUUCUGGUAGGCAACUGCCGAACGUUAUCCUUCCGGGAAGAUGGAUUUGAGGAAGAAGAGCUUGAAAACGAUCAUCAACGAACUUGCCCGACCUUCUUUUCCUGCUUCAUUGAUGUCAGGGAUGUGAUACAGGCAGCGACAGCACUAGAUGAUGGCUGCUUCACUCCCCGCACAGAGAGGGUGACCUUGGGUCGCGGGCGCUUUUGCACUGAGCUGCCGCCCAUGUCCGGGCAGCUCUGGGUGCCCAACGCUCCAAGGCCAGAGCCUGUGGCGAUCAACUUCGAGGUCCGUCAUGAAGAAACUACACAUGGAGACUCGUUGCGGAUUGUUGGAAGCUGUCCAGAGCUCGGUGACUGGCACCCCUCAGAGGGUGUCAAGCUGCGGACCAGCGACACGGCGUUUCCGCUGUGGUGGCUUGGUGAAGUGAUUGUGGCAUCUUCCGGGGGGUCCCCAGCGGGUGGCUUGGUAUUGUUUACGCUAUACGGGUUAGGUGGCCAGCUAGCUAGCAAAACAGUGGUCACUGGUGCUCAAUAUAUAUAUAUAUAUAUAUAA